CAUCGGAGGCCAAUUGGGCCCACCAAAAGCAGAGCUCUCUUUUAAUCGACAAAAUAAGAACAAUGGUGCCUAAAGAUCAACCAGUUCUAAUUGUUGGCGGCGGUAUUGUUGGUUGCAGCACCGCCUACUAUCUUAGUAAGGCGGGAUUUACGAACGUUAUUGUGAUUGAAGCUGUCGAUGUUGCGCAUGCCGCCUCUGGUCGCGCCGGCGGUUUUCUAGCCAGGGAUUGGUGCAACAACCAACCCACGCAAGCUCUAGCAAUUCGUGGUUUUGAGAUUUACUCCGAGCUGACUGCAGAGCUAGGAGUUGAUAUCGGAUACAGACAUGUGAACACUCUGUCCCUUAAUCUUGGGAGUGGGGACGGGCGCGGAGACGCCACAGCUCCAGGAUGGGUUGAUGGUCAGGUGUCAAACGUAAGUGUUUUAGGAACUAAAGGUACAACUGCACAAGUUCACCCAGGUUUGGCAACCAAAGCACUUCUGUCGAAAGCUCAGGAGAAAGGAGUUAAAUUACUCCGUAGUAGAGUGAUUGCAGCUAACUACUCCGAGAAGAAGAUAAACUCCUUGCUACUGGAAAGUGGUGAAACUGUACCCGGAGAAACUGUGAUACUAACCAUGGGACCAUGGACCGGGUUUGGACUCGAAUGGUUCGGUAAAUCGAAAAUAAUCUCUGGUGAAAGAGCUCAUAGCAUAGUUCUUAAACCGGAACCUGGACGAGUGGACGAUACCGCGCUAUUUUUGUCCCUUCCGGCCGGCGAGACGGAGGUUUAUCCCCGUCCUGACGGAACAGUUUACGUCUGCGGACAACAAGAUGAAGAACCUCUUCCCGCGGACCCGGCCCUGGUUGUAUCUAACCCUGUGAUGUGUGCUGAUCUACUCCAGGCUGCUUAUCGGGUCUCAUCCUCACUCUCAGGACUGAAGGAGGAGUCCACAAGUGCAUGCUAUCUUCCAACUGUCAAGGAUCAUAAACCUUUAGUAGGCUUGGUUCCUGGGUUUACUAGUUUAUAUAUCGCAGCGGGACACUUUUGCUGGGGAAUUCUACAGGGACCUGCUACAGGAGAAGCAUUAGCUCAGCUCAUUCUAUCAGGAGAGGCUCCGGAGUCAAUUCAAAGACUAGACCCAGCUCGUAUCAUCAAAUAAUUCAGAGAUGGGAAUUUAUGAAUAAGAGUUGAACUUAUUUUCAUUUGAUGGAAGUUAAGUCAGCUUAUAGACUUUAAAAUGAUUUAUUUUAUUUGUCAUGGAAUGGCCCUAAAUGUUCAGAUUUUGGAAACUGCUUCGCUCUUUUUGAAGCCGGUUGAACUAGUAUAGUUGAUCCCGGUUGAAAUUCCAAAUUAGUGUCUACAACCGAAAAACUUAUUUUUCAAUGCGUGGUCCAUAUAAAUCCAUCUGAUCAAUCCCAAAUGUUGAUUGAUUGAUAUUAGGGGCAGAAAUAACCCAGGUUGUUAUCGUAAACAAUUGGAAGUAUAAUGUCAAGUUGUAGAAAAAAUUCCAUACUGCAGAAUGUUUACUGCAAGGAAGUGUUUAUUUUUCUGUAUGUUAUAAUUUAUCUCUUACAUUAAAUACUAAUAUUUACAUCUUUUAACACCCCAAAUGAAGUACACAUUUCUAAAGUAUAGUACACGUACGUGCACAAAAACUUGUCAAAGUUCACAAUGACAUUUAAAGUGUACUUUCAUGCCCCUAAAUGUACUUUCAACCCCGAUCCCAUUUGGGAUCAGAAAUGGAAUUAAAUAGACCCCCGGACUCUGUAAACGUACUUUCAAGUGAGCCACCAUUAAUAGAGUGGCAUAUCCGAAUUACAACGG